AUGUCCGGGCGCCGGGCGGGCACCAAGGGCCGGCGCUUGGGCUCCAGCCGGCGCAAGCAGCUGCAGGAGGGCCCUGGGCAGGCACCAGCACCAGCACCCGGCCCCAGUGAGGAGCCACCAUGGGCAUCUGAGAUAGUGCAGAGGGUGCAGCAGCUGCUCAGCACCAGGGACACGGAGCAGGCGGGAGUCGUCACCCGCUCGGACAUGCAGAAGCUGCAGGAGGAAGGUUUGCCGUGCAGCAGGGAGGAGCUGGAGCUGGUGUUUGAUGGGCUGGAUGCUGCUGGCACCGGGCACUUGGGCACAGAGGAGUUCACGGCUGGGCUCCGGCAGUUCCUGAGCUCCCAAAACGCUGCCAGGGAGCACCGGAGGAGGAAGACGGCGUCGCGGAGGGUGCGGCUGGUGCUGCCCAGCCCGGCCCUGGAACAGGGGGACAGCGAGGAGAGCAGGCACUUCAGAGCCUUCAUGGAGCAGCUGGGCACACACAACCCCUCUGAAGAACAGGAGGUGUGGCAGCUCUGGGUGAAGCUCCGGCAGGACGAGCCCCAGCUGCUCGACGACCUGGAGGGAUUCCUGGCCAAGAUGAGGCAGCGCAUCCGGGAAGCCAGGAGCGAGAAGGAGGCUCUGGAGCUGACUCUGAACAAGCGUGUGGCCGAGCACGACAAGGACGUGCAGCAGCUCUGCGAGCUCCUGGAGCAGCAGAUCCAGCAGGAGCAGCUGCGGCUGCAGCAGCAGAGCAUGGCCCGGAGCCGCCAGCAGGGCGAGGAGCUGCAGCGAGUGCUGGAUGCCAGCGAGAGGGAGGUGCAGCGCUUGGUCGCGGCGCAGAUGGAGCUGGAGCGGCGCUGCCGCAGCCUCCAGAGCUCCCAGCAAGUGACCAGCACGGAGAACCAGCAGCUGCAGGAGAGCAACCGGGCCCUGCAGCAGCACCUGCAGCACCUGCACCAGCAGCUGCAGCACACCCAGGGCCACCUGAGGACCAUGAGGGCCACAGUGGCUUGGGAGCACAGGGGGGAGCCCGGGGACAGAGUGGUGGCAGAGUUACCCAUCGAGGUGCCAAUGUCCCCACAGCUGAGUCCUGGGAAGAGCGAGAAGUUCCGCUCUGAGAUGCGGAUCAGGCUGGGAUCCCAGAGCAGCGAGAGCAAAGCCAAGAGCUCCCACCAAGUGGUUUGGGAAAUGCUGCCAGCAGAAACAAACCUUUCAGGAGCCCCACGGAAAGCAAGCUCUGCAGAAGAAGACCCCUUCCCAGAACCUUUGAAAGAGGAAGGUGUCUCUGACCAAAGCUCUUUGCUAAGAGAGAUGAAUGAUGCAAUAGCAGCUCUGAGCAAACAUCUGAAGGCACAGGCACUGGGCGCACCCCCUGCCCUGGCAGACACUGCCUGUCACCCCUGGGACAAUGCUGAGCCCCACACGGGGCCAGAGGCAGCCACAGCCCAGGAAACAACCCCUGGGGUCCUGCAGGAGACCCUCCCUGGCCACAUCCAUCAUGAGCUGCUGGAAGGAGACCUGCAGGAGGGACCAGGCACAGCUGAGCUUCGUGCUCUGGAUGUGACACAGGCUGAUGUGUGGCGGCUUUGUGCUCCGGGACAGGCAGCCCAAAGGGAGCUUCAGGAGCAGGUUUCAGCACAGGGACAUGAGGGGAGGCUUCACAUGGUGACCCAACAGCCAGAGAGGGAGACACCACCCGUGAUGGAACUGGAGCACACGGCUGCUGGAGCUGCUGAGCAUCCGAAGCAAGAGGUGCCACCAGCAUCAUCACUGCACACAGCGGUGCAACCUGGAGAUGCUGGCAGUGAUCAGCUGGGGGUGGUCCUCAGGGAAAACUCACUGGGGCAAAGGCAGCUCUUGGGAGAACAGAGCAAAGACACCAGUGUUGGUCAACGAGAGAAGAUGCAAGAGUUUGGUGAGAAAAUGAGCCAGGAAGGUGAGCCCAGCUCAGGAGAGCCAGGGGCUGUGACUGCAGGUGGGGCAGGAGCUGCCCCACAGGGUUGUCCUAAAGCUGCCCUGGACCCAGACCACCUGUACAACGUGCUGUUUGUUGGGGACUCCCACGUGGGCAAAACGUCGUUCCUGUACCGUUUGCACGCCGACACCUUCAACCCCCACCUGACGGCCACUGUGGGACUGGAUUACCAGAUCAAAAACCUCGUUGUGGAUAACAAGCGCUUUGCUCUGCGCCUGUGGGACUCAGCUGGACAGGAAAGGUACCGCAGCAUGACCAAGCAGUUCUUCCGGAAGGCGGACGGGGUGGUGCUGAUGUACGACAUCACCUCCGAGUACUCCUUCUCCGACGUGCGCUACUGGCUCAGCUGCAUCCAGGAAGGAGCAGAGGAUGGAGUUGCUGUUCUGCUUCUUGGGAACAAAACCGACUGUGCUGCCCAGAGACAGGUGCCUACAAAGGAGGGUGAAUGCCUGGCCAAGGAGCACCAGCUCAUGUUUUAUGAGUGCAGCGCUGCCUCGGGCCACAAUGUCUUUGAGUCCAUGGUCAGCUUCACCAGGUUGCUCAAAAGUCGUGAAGAUGAAUUGAAAAAUAAAACAGAAGAGGUACCAAAGGCACCUCAGAAGAAAAAGGGCUGCUGCUGGUGA